UUUGUUACAGUUUCGAGUCCAAAGCUCCUCACCUUCUCAAUCUUCUCUUAAUUCACCGCCACAUUUGUGCCAUCCUGAAGAGCAUUCUGCAUUGCUUGGUUUCAAAAGCACUACUAAUAUGGUGGAAGACUGUUUUUUUACUCCUCGUCCUAUAAUACAAACUUGGAACGAGAGAAAAGACUGCUGCUUGUGGGAGGGCAUCACAUGCGACAAGGUGAAAGGUCACGUGAUUGGCCUUGAUCUCAGCUGGAAUUGUAUUGAAGCCAAUCUAACUUCAAAUAGUAGUCUCUUCUUCCUUGAGAAAUUGCAGAGUCUCGACCUUUCUGGCAAUUAUUUUCAUUAUCCUAACAUCUCAUUAGGGUUCGACCGUUGGAAGAGUUUGACAUAUCUUAAUCUUUCAUAUCCAGUAUACAUGGAUGGCUCUCUCCCGUUUGAUGAGAUCUUCCUGCUACCGAAAUUGAUUUCACUCGAUCUCUCCCAUAAUGAUGGUUUGCUUCUUGACAACAUAAAGUUUCAAAUGCUUGUGCAUAACUUAACAAAAUUAAGGUUUCUUAUCCUUGAUUUUGUGAAUAUGUCUCUGGUUGUGCCUUCUUCAUUGCUAAACUUCACUUCUUCCUUGGAGCAUUUGAGCCUUCGCUCUUGUAAUUUGCAAAGAAACUUUCCAAGUCAAGUUUUACCGUUGACGAAAUUGAUCUCACUCGAUCUCUCUGGUAAUGAUGAUUUACUUCUUGACAACAUAAAGUUUCAAAUGCUUGUGCAUAACUUAACAGAAUUAAGGUUUCUUAUCCUUGAUUUUGUGAAUAUGUCUCUAAUUGUGCCUUCUUCCUUGCUAAACUUGACUUCUUCCUUGGAGCAUUUGAGCCUUCGCUUUUGUAAUUUGCAAGGAAACUUUCUAAGCCAAGUUUUUCAGCUUCCAUCUCUCCAGUUUCUUGAUUUAAGCUACAACUAUCAUUUAAGAGGUAAUUUACCUGAGUCAAGCCCAAGUAAUACCCUCGAGUAUCUGAAUCUUGAUUAUUGCCAAUUUUAUGGAUCAACUCCAGAUGUUUUUGGAAAAAUGCAAAAACUAACUCAUUUGAGCCUUUUAGCUAAUAGUUUUGAUGGUGAAAUUCCUACAUCAAUCUUCAACCUCACUAAUCUUACUUAUUUGAGACUGUCAUCAAAUAAGCUAAGAGGGCCUCUUCCUCGCAAUAUAAGUGGACUCUCAUUUUUAGAUGAGUUUGGAAUGGAUAAUAAUUUCAUCACAGGUCCUAUACCAUCUUGGUUGUUUUCUUUGCCUUCUUUAUCCCAUUUAGACCUCCAAAACAACAGACUUACCGAACCUAUUGAUCAUGUUGAGAUGCCUAAUCUCAUUUUACAAGAAGUCUAUUUGUCCAAUAAUGGGAUAAGUGGUUCAUUUCCUAGCUCUUUCUUUCAUCUUGUGAAUCUUGCCGUGGUCGAUCUUUCUUCAAAUAAUUUAAGUGGCACCAUUACAGCCAACAUGCUUUCAAAACUUGUUAACCUUCGGGAUCUGGAUCUUUCCAAUAACAAUUUGUUGUCUUUGAGCAAUAAUAGCACUGGUGUCAACUAUUCCUUUCCGAACCUCUCGUCUUUAAAAUUCUCUUCUUGCAACAUACACAAGUUCCCAAGUUUCUUAAGGAAGGUAGAGAGAUUGAAAGUAUUGGAUAUUUCUAAGAACAAGAUUUUUGGUCAAAUUCACAAAUGGGAAAUCGAAGGGAUGUCAUUGGCCAGUUUAAACCUUUCUUAUAACUUUUUGACCGGUAUAGAUUUGUUUGCUUUUGAAAAGCUUACCCGAGUUGACCUCAGUUCCAACUUAGUACAAGGAUCACUUCCCAUUCUAUCAACAACUUGGGAUUUUAGGCAUCUCAUCAUUUCAGGGAAUAAUUUGACUGGCGAAAUCCCUUCUUCUUAUUGCAAUUUGACUUCUCUUAAUGUUCUAAACUUAGCUAAGAAUAAUUUGGGAGGAAAAAUUCCAGAAUGUCUUGGAAACUUUAGUUUUCUCUACAUCUUGGAUUUGCAGAUGAAUAAGUUUCAUGGUAUAAUACCAAAUUCUUUUGUCGACGAGAGUCAACUAAUGACUCUUAACCUAAAUGGCAACCAGUUGGAGGGGAUACUGCCACGGACUUUGGGCUAUUGCAGAUUAUUGCAAGUUCUUGAUGUGGGGAACAACUGCUUGAAUGACACCUUUCCACAUUGGUUAGGUGUUCUUUCAGAGCUAAAAGUUCUCAUCCUUCAAUCCAAUCGAUUUCAUGGUGCCAUUUACAACUCUACAGCUGAAUUUUACUUCCCUGAGUUGAGAAUCAUUGAUGUCUCGCAUAAUGACUUCACGGGUCUCCUGCCGAGUAGCUAUUUCAAAAAUUUGACAGGUAUGAGAGAUGUACAUGAAGAGGAAGGUGAAUUGAAAUAUAUGGGUGCAUAUUUUGGUGCCAGUUUUUUAAGGCUUAUUUAUCUCGGUUACUAUGAUUCUGUGACGGUAAUACUGAAAGGUUCAUACGUGGAGCUGACGAGAAUCCCGAUGGCUUUCUCAACUGUUGAUUUCUCAAAAAGAUUUUUUUCCCCCUUUUUUAAUAUGUGGGCCUGUUAUCUUCUUCCUUUUACCGUACUUCUCUAUGAGAAAUUAAAAGAAUUAAUGCCGGAAGCGGACGCAUCCGAAGGAUGUGGGUUGCAAAAUUGCAAUUGUAUCGCCUGUGAAGGGCUGAGCAAUGACGCAUCUGGUCAGGAUGGCUGACGGUCCUUUGCGCUCUAGACGCUCACUCUCUUGACAUCGCCAACUAAAAUCUUUUUCUCGUCCUUGGGUGGUCUGAUCUGGAUGAACGCAAGGUGAAGAUUCGACCCAACCUGUCGUCUAGUUGCUGGAUUUUGACGAGAUUAGGGUAGCGGCUGUCGGCACAUAUUCUUUGGCUGGUGAUCUGAUUCAUAGACAGCUUGCUUUUAUUGUUGGGCAGUUAAUGUUGACAGUCACUAUUGGAGAUGAUGCAGUAAUCUCAGCACUCAGCCUUCUAGGUCAGUUUGCAAAAUGAUGUGCAGCUCAUUUCAUAAUAGAUUGUGACAAUUAUUGAUUCUUUUGUGGAUCUUCCAUUGUCAUUUAGUCAUUUUCCAUUAUGGUGGUGUCUCAUUGACUACUAUCU